UGCGUGUAAACCAGUAAACAAAACUGCUCAUCUCAAUCAAACAAAGGCGCAAUAAUAUUUUUAAUUGGCCCUAAGUUUUAAUGAGGAAUUAAAAUAUUAAUUUUUUUUUUACAAUAGAUAUCAAUUAAUCAACGUUCGCGGGCAUUAUUUUCUCCUGUUCCGUCCGCGUAAUCAAGUUCAAACCGAAAGUAGUAUACACUUACAGUAUAAUACACACCGAUUUUACCGCCUUGUAAUGCCGAAGAGGAAAUCUAAUGAGGAGUGGGGAGAUUCAGACAGGCCUAGGAAGAGGUUAUCAAAAGGCACAACUGUAGAGGAUGCACUGAUCAAUAUAGAGGAACAGGUAAAAGUGGUCAGACAAGAAAUUCAAAAUCAAGAAAGCAUCCAGGGUCUACACGAAACCAUUGAUCAACUGCAGAGAAAACUGGAAGCAGAAAGAAGUGCUAAAUCAGAGGCGCUUAAGGCUAAAGAAGAGGCUUUAAAUCGAUUGAGCUCUGUAGCUGCAAAUCGACUUCGAGAUAAUAACCCUGGUAUUACUGACCUCAGUGAUCCAAAUCGACCGAUCAAAUUAGGAGAAAAAGCGUCUGAAAUUUACGACAAUGAGUGGACAAAUGCUUUAGAAAAUCUAGAAGAGUUACGAAAGGCAAAUGAAACUGCUUACGAUGAAGAGAAAGAAGAGAAAGACGUCGUGUUACUUCUGAGUAUUCUAACAGACAUAUUUCAGAUGUGUAAAGCCGAUGCCUUGGAACAUAUUGAGAACAUUUCUCGAGUGCUUCUCACGCCAUCUUUUGUGAAAAUUAAACACAAACCAAAAGUUCCCUUGGCGUUUUUGAAAGAAAUCAAAGAUUUUCGAAAACAGCAUUGCACAGAAUCGAUUCUUCAAAGCUUAACGGAGCACUAUGUGGAAAAGCUCCCAGAACAAAAUCCAGAACAGCUAACUCCAGAGGUGAUUAAAGCGUGCCAGGAGUAUAUCCACAAAUGUGUAGAACUGUCUUGGUUGAUGUCAAUACAAGAUCCGCCUAUGUGUUUAGAGUGGCAAUUCAAGGGUGGCGAUUUCAGAUCGGAUACAAUGCGAUCUUUUACAAAGAGCGGAGAUAAAGUCCAGUUCGUCGUGUGGCCCGCGAUGUAUCUUCAUGAUGGCGGACCUUUGGUUACCAAAGCAAUCGUUCAAGGCAUGAAAAUGGGAAAGAAGAAAAGACAAAAAAAUUAGUUUUAUUGAAUCUGAAGGCAUCGAAAGAAAUUAAUAUAAGAUUUUCAUCGCAACAAGUUAUUUGUGUUAAAACUUAUAUAUUUUUCAUAUAGAACUCAUGAAAGUUUUAAUGGAAUAAGGUACUGUUAGAUUGUA